AUGAUCGUGCAACUCGAGGAUUUUGAAACCCAAAGUAACGUGGACAAAGCCGUGGUGCGCUCAGACAAUACAAAGUUAGUCACACUCACGGAUCUUGUGCCAACACCUCCUGGUACCAAGGGCCAGGAGAUUAGUAAAUACCUUUUUGAACAACCUGCCUAUAACCAAGACUGGUUCAAUAUUCUAUUUGAUAGUAAGGCAAUGGCACGUCAAGAAGAACUUAAACGUGAAUACCUUGAAAAAAUUGCAAACGGCGAACUCUUCACCGAAGAAACCUUAUAUGCAAAAGUACAAGGCUGGAGUGUUUAUAAUGAUCCAGACCCUCAACUCAAAGAAUUUAAAAAAAAAUAUGCAGAAAAGCCGUGGGUGACACGUGAAAGCCAACUCAUUCUGCAAACCCUUGUGGCACGUGGAGAACGUGCAUGGAGUGAACUGACAUGGAGUCUCUAUUAUAACGGCAUGCGCUAUUGGCCACGUGUACCACAAGCUGUAUGGACAGUAACCCGUGGGCGCCUCUUACACUGGAUUCCUCGAGAUCGCUUAACUGGGCAAAUUUUAUGGAGACAAUGGACAAGUGAGUUUACGCCAGCUUUCGCAGUCGCAUACCGCUAUAAAUACUUUCUAGAAACCGAAACUCGUCGUUUCGCACGCCAAGCAUUUCAAUUCAUUGAUUAUCGUUCUGCAAUAGCAACAAUUGCCCUCGGUUCUUAUGUUUUUGGGAUGGUGAACUAUUUGCACCAUUAUAGCCAAAGUGAACAAGAGCGAAAACUCAUGUUUCAAGGGCCACGCACAUUCACGCCAGUACUCAUUUCAAAAGAAGCACAGGAAAAUCAUGCACGUUUAAUCGACGAAGGAAUUCGAGCAGUCUACGAUUCGAUUCAAGUGGAUAGUCCACAAGCCUACGGUGCCUAUGGAGAAAAUGUAGAACGUAAAGUUCAAUAUGAAUCUGAAGUUCAAGAGCAAGGUACGACGAAAACACUUGUCUUCUAUAAAAAGCAUAAUGUUCUUCGUACAACUAUCCCAACUGAAGACUUAAUUCACUUAAAACCGUUUAACCGAUCAAAAGACAAAAGCUUCACCGAAACGGGCGGUGUACCAAUGAAACUGCGUACACCUGGGGUGCAACCAGGCCAAACACGUAUGCCAGAAUUUAAGAUCUAUGGCGACAAUAAAUUUUAUGUUGAGCGCACAUUUGACAUGAAUUUACGCUUAGACCAGCCUUUUGCGCCACGUGAAGACGAUAUUCAAAAAUUUGAAGAGACGUUACAACCAGAAAUGGAAAUUAUCAUGGCCCCCGAUGCAUUUGAUCACUCAUAUGUUGAAGCCCAUAACCUUCAAGUGGAUACACAUACAGAAACGAUCGAAGACCUUUACCCAAAACCGCUUACGCUUGGAAUGACAGGUUCAGAAACACGUCCUUAUCCAUAUUCAUUCAAAGACAGAAAAAAGACAAGAAAACGCGUUGCGGAACCCAACGAACAGCUGGAAGCACCAAUUGAAGACGUUAUUCAAAAUCUUACGGACUUUUUGGAAGAUCCAACAUUUGUCGAAAACCUUGAUCUGACACCCGUUGUAAAAGACCCAAUUAAAGUUGAUUUAAGCGGACUGGAAGAUGAUGAGGAAAACAAUGGGACAACGUUUAGUGAAGAUAGUGAAGACGAACUCGACUUCGAAACUCAAGAAACAGACAGUGAGGAAAACGGCAACCCACUCUCCAUGGACGACCUGGAAAGCGACUAUUCACUGGAUGAGGGGCAACGUGACACUAGUCUCCGUAACUAUUACAGUUUAAUGCCAACACGUUGGCCAGCUGCAACAACAAAACCUACAAAGACUGCAAAAACAGCCUUUGCAAAUGCGGAUCAAAGUUGGGCGAGAGGGGGGAAAACUACCCCAAUUGCUAUUGAAGCAAAAACGCAAAUGGCAGGCCUUAAUACUGGGUUAAUGAACGUGAAAGGUUGGACACUUCCAACCACUCAAAUGACCUACCCGUUCCUUGCAGUGAAAGAUAUUGCUAAAAUGGCUGAUCCUGAUUUGGGUCAAUACAAAGUACAUUUUGAAGACAUCGAGAAAGCACCGGAUGAAACAACACGUUGGUACAGCCGUUAUGAAAUGGAUGAAGAAACCAAUGAAUAUUUCGGUGAAGUUGACGAGAAUCACGAAAGUGACAAUGACAUGACGAGCGAAGAGGACGAAACAGAGCCUGAACCAAAUGGAACUCCAACAACUGAAACUUCCAACAUGCUCGAAACGGAAACAGAUGACGACGAAACGAGUGAUGUCGAAGAUGAAGACGAUGACGAGUUACCUGAAUUCGAGACCAAAAUUGAAGAAUCUAAUGGUAAGGUACACUCUGUUGACCCCGUGGAUUCCAUCGAAUUACUCGAAGGCGACACACUUUAUGAUCUUGACAACGACACCGAAAACUCAGUUGCUGAACUGGAUAUGGAUGUCGAAAUCGAUGAACCCUACAAUCCAGCUGUUUUAAAAAAUACAGAUGUUGACGAAUUCCUGCACCACGAAAGUAAAAUGGGUAAUAACCUUGACGACACGUUAGAAAAUGUCGAAAAAGCGGACGAAACGGAAGAAAACGAACCGUCGCCGGAAGACUUUGAACCUGGUUUUGCUUCAGCAUACGCGCAAGCAAAGUUAAACCAUGCCGACGUUGCAUCAGACCCACACUUUGGAGAUGAAUUAACAGGCUUAAGCCAUACGGAAGCUAAACUUUUUCAGACGGAAGCCAACCCCGAAACGGAAACCCGAAUGUUUCUUCAUGGAACGCAUGAGGUUCACAGUCGUUCGCUUGCUUCCACAAGUUGGGAACUUGAGGACAAUAUUACAAAUGCAUUCGCAAAAGUGCAUGUUCGACUUAUUCGUUUUUGGCAAGCAAACGCCCUUGUUGUUUACCCAGUAAUCGCUAUUUAUCUCAUUCGCCGCACAGAACGCUAUCAAGCACAGGUUAUUUGCCGUGCCCGCGCUAAAAAUACAGAGACACAUAAGUAUUACACACAUUUAGGGCGUGCCCCACAACGUGCUAAAUUCACGGAUCUUACGGGGAACGAAGGAGGGACACGUCAAAUGCGUGAGUUAAUGAGUGCAUUCCGACGUGUCCGUGGGUUUACUGAAACCUAUCGUCCUGGUAUUUUAAUUAAUUUUUGGGAAAUUGAUAUUUUACCACUUAUUCCACGCCGUGUUCGUGCAGCCUUUUUACCACCAAACGGAGAGAUGUAUCUUUGGUACAAAAAGCAACUUACAAACGUCUUUGGUCAAACGACGAAUUCACAACGAGCAUUACAAGGAGCAGUUCCUGUCGAAACAUUCUGGAACUCCGCACCAAUCCGUGGGUUAUAUGCCUGUGAAAAAGAGGAACCACCAUUUAAAACAAGUCUUGAAGUGUUUGAGACCAUGGAUAGCCUGAUUACAACCGUAACAAAUGGGCCAAAUGAGCAAAGUGGUCUAAACCAGAAAAUUGGCCAAUACUUGUAUAGCCAAAGCCAUAAAAAUAUGGAUGAAACCAUUUCAAAAAUUGAACGUUAUUUCCCAGCAGUAAUGCCAAUGGUUCUUAAAGUUCAAAACUUUUGGGAUCAUACUCCCCUUCUUGCAGCCAUUCGACCAGGAAAAUAUUCGCUUGACUCACUUCCACGUGGAUUAUUACUUAUUGGUGAAAGUGGAAAUGGGCGUACCCUUAUGGCCCGUGCUCUUGCGAGCGAAUCAGGCCUUCCAAUUAUGUUAACGGAAGGAAUGCGUUUCGUACACCAAAAGUGGGGUUGCUUCCGACUUCGCUCACUUUUUUACCGUGCGCGUUUAAAUUACCCAUGUAUUCUCUAUAUUAAAAAUUUAGAGCUCAUUACGUUACACCGUAGUAUCUUUACUGGCUAUUUUAAUGUACGUAACUGUGCACAAUUUUUAGUUUGUUUUGAUGGUAUUGUGGAUCGAAAAAAAUCAACAAUCCGUCAGCCGUUUAUUAUUGGAUCCGUAGAAACAUCAAAAUACAUGGAUCCGGCAUGUGUACGUUCUGGACGUUUUGAAUGGGCGAUUAAAUUUAACCUUCCAAAUGCACUCCAGCGCUAUUCACUUCUCACCACUGCGUUAGAAACAAACGGUCGAGCAACGAAAAAAGAUGUAAGUCUACCAUUUUUUGCGCUUACAACCUUUGGGUAUAGUGCACAAGAAGUUGCGCAAAUGGUCGGUCUCUCUGGGUUCCUCGCAGUAACGAAAUAUGAACGUAAAGCGAAUUACGAACAUUCAAAUGAAUCCUUUGCAGAAGCCGUAGGGUCAUGUAACCGUCUAAUCAUGCGCCAUGAAGAUAAAUAUGUGCAUAGUACCGAUAUUUUUGAAGACGGAUUUUAUGCACGACUCACUGCGUAUGAAGAAAAAAGUAAUUUCCCACACCGUCUUUCUUCAACAAUCAAAAAUGAUGGUUUUAUUCCAUUUGAAACGAAAUGGAUUCACAUGAUUUUAGAAAAUUACGAGUUCUCCGGACAAUUUGAACCGAAAGAAGGGUGGCCAAUGACUGGAAGCUUUUCAAAUGCCCGUAGUCCCGAAGAAUUUGAAGCGAGACGCCGUAGCGCGUAUACAUUAAUGUAUGAGACACUGGCCCCACCAAAAGGCUCAAUGUCUGCUUCGGAUCCGGCGUACAUUAACGUUGUGCUUUCAACACAAAUGACUGAGAUGAAUCCACUCCCAUUUACAAAAGAAACAGUUUAUCAUGCGGAUGCUGCAACACUCGUAACAUGGGGUAUUUUUGAUUUACUUUCAGAAAUUGCGUUUUUCAAGCAAACAAACCGAAAACUCCAAGGCACAUCCGAAAUCAUUCUUGGCAUGGAAACAUGUUAUGACACCUAUGCACACGAAUUUGCAGAACAACUCGGAGAUCGUUUCUCCCCAUUAGGAUGGGAUUCACAACUUGAACGAGUUCAAGCGGGAAUUGA